AGGCUGUUUGUGACGUCAGGUGUUGUGCACAAGAGCCGGAUGACGGUGGAGGACUGCUAUGAGCUGGGGAAGAUUGCAUACUCUGAUGCGGAUUACUAUCACACUGAGCUCUGGAUGGCUCAGGCUCUCUCACAGCUGGAUGAAGGAGAGGAAUCACCUAUAGACAAGGUCACAGUCAUGGACUACCUGAGUUAUGCCAUCUACCAGCAGGGGGAACUAGACCGAGCCCUCGAACUCACCAAGAGGAUGCUGAAGCUCGACCCCAAUCACCACAGGGCCAAUGGGAACCUAAAGUACUUUGAGUUCCAGCUGGAGAAGCAGAGAAAAGCUGAGGAUGAGAAAAAAGAGGAAGAUAAAAAAAGAGUGCUGGACAAGCGUGAUGCUCAAAGGGAGCGCUCCAAAGAUCCUUUGCCAGAAAGGAAGAAAUAUGAAAUGCUGUGCAGAGGAGAGGGAAUAAAACUGACGCCUCGUAGACAAAGCCGCCUGUUUUGCCGUUACUCCAACAAUAACCGUCAUCCACGUCUGCUUUUGGCUCCGGUGAAGCAGGAAGAUGAGUGGGACCGGCCGUGGAUCGUCCGUUAUCAUGAAAUCAUCUCUGAUAGUGAGAUCGAGACCGUGAAGGAGAUGGCAAAACCCAGACUCCGUAGGGCUACUAUAUCCAAUCCCAUCACGGGCGUGCUCGAGACCGCCCCCUACAGGAUCAGCAAGAGCGCUUGGCUGUCUGGAUAUGAACAUUCUACCAUUGAAAGGAUUAACCAGCGUAUUGAGGAUGUAACAGGUCUGGAAAUGGACACAGCAGAAGAGCUGCAGGUUGCAAAUUAUGGUGUUGGUGGUCAGUACGAACCUCAUUUUGACUUUGGAAGGAAAGAUGAACCAGAUGCCUUUAAAGAACUGGGUACAGGAAACAGAAUUGCCACUUGGCUCUUUUACAUGAGUGACGUUUCAGCAGGGGGCGCUACAGUCUUCCCUGAUGUAGGAGCAGCAGUGUGGCCUAAAAAGGGUACAGCUGUAUUCUGGUAUAACCUUUUUGCUAGUGGAGAAGGAGAUUACAGCACAAGACAUGCUGCAUGUCCAGUAUUAGUGGGCAACAAAUGGGUAUCGAACAAAUGGAUACACGAAAGAGGUCAAGAAUUCAGACGGCCCUGUGCAUUAUCUGAAGUGGAAUGAUCACUUUAUCGCAAUUUCUUUUUAGUGUCAGUAUGGGACGUGUGUCUGAGCAAGGAGUGAAUGUUCAAUCUAUGCAUUGCAUUUGUUGUUGUGCCUUUCUGCCUAAAUAAUCAUGAUGUGGUCAGGAUAUCCACUGAUUGUUCAAACCAUGACUAUGCAUAGAUCCAAUCAAGCGUUUUUAUUUUAUUUGAGUUAUUUAUUUAUGGUUGAAUUUUGACUUUGUGUGUUUCGUUUGCAUUUCCCGGCUAAUCUUACACUCCAAAAUACCUCCGUUUUGAGACGUUACUUGUGUAUUUCAUGAAAACCACUGAACACUUCAUACAACUUAAUAUAAUUGUCAUCAUAGCAAACUGCAAGACCAAAAACAUGUUACAAACAAUGUUUCAUGAAUCCCUGAAACAUUUAAAGAAUUACCAGAGUAUUUUCUUACAUCCUGUUACAUCCUGAGGCAAAUGCAACUUUUGUCUUUUUCUCUUUUAUGUGUGUGAAUGGAAAUGUUUUAAGGUUGAGUUUUCUACAGAAAUAAAUUCUACACCAUCA